GGACGGUGACAAGAGCAGGAUAACCAAAGGAUCUAACUGACAGGGACGACUGACACUGGAGAAAGAAGAGAGAGUAUAAAGAGGGAUGACAUAGCCAAAGAAAUGAGGAUCCUUCAGAUGAAUGAAUGUGUGCAAAUCUUGAGCUUUAACCAGCGCACCUAAGACAAGGGACCUACCCGACCAAACCAAAGUACUUCUAUACCAAAGCAACCUAAACCAAAACAGAACCAAACCAAAGCUCCAAAGCUUGCAUCCAUCACCUACAGUAUAUUCUAUAUAUUGUCAAGAUGAAGCUGGAAAGCACACCAGGAGACAUGAGCGGCUGGAGGGAGGUGGACUUUGUCCUCAACUGCACCUACAUCGUGCUGGACCAGGUGUCGGACCCCAGCUUCAGCCUGCCCAAAGCCAUGACUUCCAUCCCGCGCAACCUCACCUUCGAAUACAGCGCAGACAAUGAGGUGAUGGGCGUGUUCAGCAAAGAAUACAUCCCUCAGGGGACUCGCUUUGGCCCCCUGCAAGGAGUCAUCUACACCAAAGACAACGUUCCCAAGCAGGCCAACAGGAAAUACUUUUGGAGGAUUUACAGCGGCGGUCAGCUUCAAAACUUCAUCGACGGCUAUGACGUUCACAGGAGCAACUGGAUGCGCUACGUCAACCCGGCCCGCUCUGUGGCCGAGCAGAACCUGGUGGCGUGCCAGAACGGCCGGGACAUCUACUUCUACACCAUCCGCCCGGUUGAGCCCAACCAGGAGCUGCUAGUGUGGUACAGCCAGGAGUUUGCCCAGCGGCUCUGCGGCCAGCAGGCCGACAUCAAACAAAAAUACAUCAGUUCAGAUGAAGACCACGAGUCGGAGUACACCAAACAGCACCUACCUCAGCAGACGUGGCUCGCAGAGAGAACAAAGGAGGGAGUGAAAGAGGAGAGGGAUGAAGAUGGAGAGGAGAAGAUCGACGUGGAGGUGUUGGAAAGAGACACUCCGCCUGACACACCCGACGACCAGAUCAUGGACUUCAGCAAAAAAGUUGAGAAGGAGGAGAGCGACGGAGAGCCACAAGACCGUCCUUUCCCUCAGUCCGAACACAGAGAGCCCAGCAUGGGCUUAAAUCACCCGUACUUGCAUAAACCCCAUCCUGCACUCCCGCCUCAGCACCGAAAUCUCCCUCUUCACCUCCACGGCCUCUACAGGGAAGGCGUUUCAUCUUACCCCCUUUACCCCCAGUCCAGACCCCUCCAGCCCAAUUACCAACUCCUCCCUCCCUACGGCGCGCACUACCCUCGCCUCCUCCUCCCCUCGUACUCUCCUCCCUUUUCCGGGAUGCUGCCUUCAAGAGGAUCCCUCCAAUACAGCAACUACCUGGGCACCGAUGGACUCCCUUACCCGCCCAUCGCUCCACCUAAUCUGCUGCCGGUGUCCCUACCCUACCCUCCGUCUUCGCAAGGAGGUCUGAAAGAACUCAAACCAAAUUUGUCGCCACCACGAGGCGCCCCGGCCACCCCGGAGCUCUCCCCUCUCCCAAAGCCCGACGGUCAGCAUCAGUCGACCGAGCAGUCUCCCUCCGGUUUCGAGGAAGCCAUGAAUCUGAGCCUGGCUACGAUCAAGAGCAAAACGGCGACGCGCAACGGCCCCGGCCACAAAUCGCUGCCCUACCCGCUGCAGAAGCAGAACGGGAAGAUCAAGUAUGAAUGUAACAUCUGCACGAAGACUUUCGGACAGCUGUCGAACCUCAAGGUCCAUCUCCGAGUGCACAGUGGCGAGAGACCAUUCCAGUGUAACCUAUGUAAAAAGAGCUUCACUCAGCUGGCCCACCUCCAGAAACAUCACCUGGUCCACACGGGGGAGAAACCACACGAAUGUCAGGUGUGUCACAAACGCUUCAGCAGCACCAGCAACUUGAAAACGCACCUGCGCCUCCACUCCGGGGAAAAGCCCUACCAGUGCAAGCUGUGCAACACCAAGUUCACCCAGUACAUCCACCUCAAGCUGCACCGCCGCCUCCACAGCAGCCGCGACCGGCCCUACCGCUGCCAGCACUGCGCCGGCGCCUUCUUCCACCGCUUCUCCCUGCGCAUCCACCAGUGCAGCUGCUGCCCGGCAAACUCCAACGCGCUAGUCAACGUACACGUGAAGCAGAUGGUGGAGCGGUUCGACGCCAGCCAGGAGGCCGACAUGCUCACAGAGGUGGCGUCGGCGCCGCAGGUGGAGGAGGCAGCGGAGCGCUGGUUGGCUCGUACGUUGGAAGGCGAGGGGAAGGAGGACCAGAAGGAGGCCACAGUGCUGCUGAAGGCGCUGACUGCGGCUAUUAACGCACCAGCGCCCAUGGCCCAAUCGGCGGUACCUAAGUCACACCACAGCCCUCCACUGGCCUAUCAGGAGAGAGCCAGCGUCGUCCAUCUCCACCAACGGGCAACAGUGAAGACAGAAGGACAGUGAGACGCAAUUGAAAGAGGGGGGGAAUAUAAAAAGGACACACCAUCAAACCAAGAAAACAGAUGUCGCCAAAUAAAACUCCCUUUAUAGUCCAUGAAGGGCGUUAAAGGGAAAAUAAACUUUCAUAAUCCAAUGAGCGCAGCACCAAAAGAAGAGCAUUCCAAAGACUGAGCGAGGGUAUUCAGUGAUUGUACUUCCUCCCAGUUUAAAAAAAUGAAAAAGGAGGAGGGGGUUGUUAAGCUGUGAAGUAUUUAAAAAACUUUUCACUCAGGUAGAGAAGUGUUUGCUUUUUAUGUGCUUUAAUUUAUUACUUUUUUUAAAAUUUGAGUCGUCUUUAUUUAUUUAGUUGUAUAGUUUGUUUUUUCUGUUAGUGUUUUUUUUUGUCAACAUUCCAAGGAGAUUUGAUUUCUUAGGAAAACCACAGACAGACUCAGGAACGAUGACGCGGCACAAACGUGCAAAUGAGUCUUCCCUGGUAUUGUGCAUUGUUUCGCUUUGUGUGACAGCGUGUUUGAGAAGCUUCUGGGGCGGACGAGUGGAAGUAUAUCCUGUAUGAACAACAGGGCAAAAUGAUGAAACCACCUUCCUGCAAAUAUUUUAUUUAUUUAUGAUAUUUUUUUAAAAAAAAGGGAAAAAUCAGGUUUCUUGAAACUGAGUGUUAAUGAGCGAUUGCCAAAAUUACAAUCAAAGAUCAUGAAUGUGUAGCACUGUUUUUGGAUCAACUCAAUCUUACAUUAGAAGUGAGGAAAGAGGUUCUGAAAAAAAACAUUAUUUAUCUUAUUUUCUGGAUUAUUCUCUAACUUCUCACAGCUAAUUUAGAUAUGAGAGUAUCAAAGACACGCUGUGCUGAACAAAACCAAAUGCCACCAAAAAAAAACAAAACUACAGAUUCAAUGUGAUCACAGUAUCACAAUAAAAUAUGUACACAAGAUCUUCCUCUUAUUCUGGAUUCAAAUGUUUCAGAUAUUUUCUUACAAAGCUUUACUGUAAAUGUUUUGGAAAACAAAAACGAGCAGCACUGGAAUAGAAAUGCAACUAGAUCUGCGUGGUUUUGGUUGUUCCCCACGACCAGAAGACGGGUACUGUUUCUUGAAAACUGUACUACUGAGUCAGGGAUGUACUUCUUUUUAUCAUUUUUGUAGUGUUAUUUUCUUUUGUACGAUACGUUUGUCUAUGUAGUUUAUUUUUGGAAACAGGCCAUGAGAUGUUGAGAAUUUAUAUGUGAGAGACUAUUUUGAUGAUACUUUUAUAUUGACAUGAUGUAGCAUAUUAAAAAAUAUUGUUUCUAUA